AACUAAAAGAUCUGUUGCGGAUGAAUAUGGAAGAAACAUGGCCGGGAGUGCAGUCGAAUCAGCCGGAUCCGAUGGGGCAUUUCAGCUCAAUGGUUCAAGUUGGCCAGACUCAGGCAGACAGAGGCCUGAGACCUACCAGCGGCGGACAGAAGCCCCUCCCUUCCCAGGAAUGUCUCAGCCCCACUGAAGUCGCAGGGCCACGUCAGCCAAUUGGCUCAGGCCCUGCCCUGGAAACAGCACCUGUUAAUUUCCCCCCUCCUUCCAGCUCACCUGGGUGCAGGUUAGGCAGGUGAAGCGUCUCCCCGGAAACAGACCUAGAGCGCCCCACCUGCUGGGUCCUGCCUGCUCAAAUCGGAUUCAGCACAGCCAGGCGUCCCAUAAAGCCUCUAAGAGGUUAGCUGGGGCUUCCCUGCCCCACUCCAGCGCCUCCUGGACUCGCAGCUGACACCUACAGGACCGGUCUCUCCUGCUGCCGGAAGUUGAGUUCCUUGCCGGCAGUGCUAGCUUUAUUUUUACCUGGUUUCAGUUUGUCCCGUCAUCCACUGUGGCACCACCAGCUUCCUCCGACAGCCUGAAUGGAACAGGACACCGAGACAGCCUGAGCGAGAGAGGUGCGGGUAACCAUAGCCUGGACUGAGAAGAGGAGACUGGGCUUCUCUCCGACAACCAGGUGAUGGGGACACAGGGUCACGACAAACACCCUCUGAACCCUGACAUUGAUCCUCUAUCCUGACCCUGCCUGACCAAGCCAUGUCCCAACAAGCCUCAGUGGGCAGGGGGUUGCCCCCAGAUGUGCUGGCAGAGCAGGUGGAGCUAUGGUGGUCCCAGCAGCCCCGGCGCUCCUUGCUCUGUUUCUCUGUGGCUGUGGUCCUAGUGGCUGGCUGUGGGGCCGGCGGCGUGGCACUGCUGUCUUCCACCAGCAGCCGAUCCGGCGAAUGGCGACUAGCCGUGGGCACUGUGCUCUGCCUGCUGGCCCUGCUGGUUCUGGUGAAGCAGCUGAUGAGCUCUGCCGUGCAGGAUAUGAACUGCAUACGCCAGGCCCAGCACGUGGCCUUGCUGCGCAGUGGCGGAGGCGCCGACGCAGUUGUAGUGUUGCUCAGUGGCUUUGUGCUGCUGGUCACCGGCCUGACCCUGGCUGGGCUGGCUGCUGCCCCGGCCCCAGCACGGCCACUGGCUGCCAUGCUGUCCGUGGGCAUUACCUUGGCUUCCUUGGGCUCAGUUUUGCUGCUUGGGUUGCUACUGUACCAGGUGGGUGUGAGUGGACACUGCCCUCCGAUCUGUAUAGAGGCAUUCUCCGCCCGAAAUGGCCACAGUGACAACGGUAGCAUCUUUAGCAUCUCAGGACAGUUGUCUUCUGGCCAGCGUCAUGAGACCACCUCCAGCAUUGCCAGCCUCAUCUGACAGAGAUGGAGCCCUUCUUGCCAUUCCCUGCCUCGGUAUCCCCAGAACUUGUGACGGACAUGCACAGGUGCAUGCAUAUAUGUGUGUGUUCCCCUGCCGUGGCAUUUCAUGAUAUGUGAUUAGGAGUACAUGUGUACCCUCAUAUCCAUCCCAUGAGACGGUGAGGGAUACCUCCUCGGAGCUGUUCGUAUCAUGGACUGUCAUGCUCUAUGCCUGGUCUCUGAGGACUUGACCCAUAUUUCCAAGACCCUACAACUCCAGCCUUGCCCUAUGGCAUCAUCAAGGAUCUCCACAGAGGUGACUGUUGCCUAUCCACGACUACACCAGUAAUCACUCUUGGAGAGUGACUCGUCAAAGCUGAGAGAAGCAAAGCUGAGAGAAACGGCUUCCGGAUGAGAUGGACCUGGCCUGGGAAACACCUUUGAGCUUGUAACCUAGCAGCUGGGGCCAGUGAGAGGUGACUCAGACACUCCUGCCUCAGUUUCUUAGAACAGUGUUGCUAUUGAUUCUUAGGAUUAAUUGCCUCUUGGGCAAGAUGAUUGGGCUCCUGGCAAAUGUUCAAUUAAAAGGUGACUAUAGUGAAAACGAAAUAAAUUAUGGGGGAAAGGUGGCUGUAGUUCUGUCUGCACCACGGCGUCUCACCUCAGAGACCCUUACCCCCGCCCCACAGCCCACUCAUCCCAGGCUAUGGAGCCACGGUGUCGUCAGCCAGACCUAGGGUUUCUCUUCUCAUGAGAGAAGGGAGAAGUGUCAAGAGGAUUCCACAGGUUUGGAAAGAAACCUACUGGUGUCCAGUCCCAGAGAGAGUGGGGAGCCAGCUCUUCAGACGUGUUCACUUGCCACUUACGGGGAGAUUUAACCAGUGACUGUGUCUCUAGAAAUGUGACCCUGUCCUUAUGUAUAGUCUGCCUUCUGUGAAACAGGAACAGGCUGCUAUUUGCAUGGCCAUUGUACCAGUUAGCCCACUUCUGGGUUCCGGGAACUGAAGAGGCAGUAAGCCACUUCCUGCUUGGAGUUGCCUGGAAGGGCUCUCCCCUCCCCCCCCCUCGGUGUGUGUUUUCUCUCCAGGUGACAAAAACAUAGGUUACUGCU